UCGGGGGAUUACUAUCUCUCUGCGCGUGUUGCUCUUUGGUUGUUUACUAGUCAGCUGUUUCAACGCAGAGCACGUUUUUCAAGUUUAAAGAUUAAAAACAGCGAUAAUUCUUGUUGAUGCUGCGGCUGAAGUCACAGCAGAGCUUCAGACGAACCACAGAAACAAACAGACAAACACAACAACGUCGUUUUUAGCGGGUUUCAGUGAGCUAAUGUGAAGUUAGCUUAGCUGAGCUAAAGUCCAUCAGACUGAACUUUGACCCAGAGAAAGUUGAGGAGCAGCAGAGUUCACCUGGACAGGUAGGGAACCGAAGCUCUGACCCCCCACCCCUCCCUCUCUGGGACCAUGGCGAACCCUCUGAGGGCUGAAGUGGUUCGACUCUAUAAGACUCUCCUCUACCUCGGCCGGGAGUAUCCCAAAGGAGGCGACUACUUCAGAGACCGACUGAGAGCGGCGUUCGCUAAGAACAAGUCGGUCCAGGACCCAGCACAGAUCAAGGAGAUGAUCGCCCGAGGGGAGUACGUGGCCAGAGAGCUGGAGGCGCUGUACUACCUGAGGAAAUACAGAGCGAUGAAGAAACGAUACUACGAGGAAUAAAAACAGCUGCAGAGACUCGACUCCUCCAGGAGACGAAACACGAGACAGAAACGAGACGAAACCAGGAAAACACGUUUAUUUCAGAGACAAAGAUCAGCAGCAGCUUCGAGGUUUUAAUGUUUUAUUCCUGUAACUUCAGGUCUGACAGAAAACAUUUGAAUAAAAAAAUAAAAACAGGA